AUAGUCGUUUCUGUUUUAUACUCACACUAUUGGACGGCUACAGUAUUAAGGUUUCAUAAGCGGGCCCAUUUGCAAAGCAGAACCCAUGUUGAGUUUAGCAGCCGGAAAACGGAGACGGAAAUGGACACGCCCUUUUCAGGAUUAUUGCAGUUCGGAGAAUUCUUCACUCACAUGGAAAUGCAAUUUUUGGUUGGUCGAGAGUUUCAAUUCAUUAUCAGCUGGAGCUAUAAUUCAUGGGAAAGAAUGCUAGUUGAACAUUGA